AUGUCAGGAUCAAGUUCAAAACAGAGCUCCAGUCCACAGACAGUUGCUGGUGUUCCGGAUCCUGCUCCUGCUGGACCUGAAGUCUCAACUGACAGCUCCUUUGGUGAGCAAAACCUAAACUUCACCACCACAGACCUCAACCUGGUGGAAAUGACUGAAAUAGAGUACACCCAGCUUCAGCACAUACUCUAUUCACACAUGGAGGCACAAGCAAACGAAGGCGAAAUGGGGGAAGCUAGGCUCAAUUCUGCUUUCUUCUCAGCUAGUAAUCCUGCAGAUCAACCUCAGCACCAGUCCUCAGUGAACACCAAUCAAGCUGGCUAUUCAUCAUACUCUGGGAACCAGUCAGUUUACCCAGUUAUCUGUCAGUCAGGUCUAUCUUCUGACAGCAAUUUAAUGGGUUCAAACCAAUGUCUGGGGCACAUUGACUUUCAAGAGCUCAGAAUGAUGCUACUUAGUGAAUCUCAUCUCCCUUCUAAUGAAGUAGAUAAAACACCUAAUAGCAGCUCUGUAGAAGUCACAGGGCACAGUAUAGUAAGAGUUAAACAUGGUGAAAAUUUUGGUGGGAUAAAUAAAGAAACUGUACUUGUUGAAAAUUCAGCACCAGCUCCUGAGCCUAGGUCUAAAUCUGCAGUUCGUGUUCGUUUGGAAGACAGAUUCAACAGCAUCCAGACAGAAAAUCCGAGACGUCAAGAGCCACAAGAAUCUGGAGUGACUCUUAACAAUUUAGUAACACUUGUUCGUCAACCAGCAGAACUAAUGAGUGUGCCUCUUCACCAGCAGCAGAAUAAAUGUACUACAUUAGUGAAAAAUAAGACUGCUGCUGCAGCUACUGCUUUACAGUUCACAUAUCCAUUAUUUACUAUGAAUGCCUGUUCUACUUCUGGAAGUGCUAACCCUUCACAAACACAGAACUCUGGCACAUCAUGUACUAUUCUGGAAGCUGCCAAACAUCAAGACGUCGGAUUACCUAGAACAUUCUCUUUUUGUUAUCAUCAGGAAAUUGAAUCCACUAAACAAACAGUAGGCACUAGGAAUAAAGCUUUACCUGAACAAGUUUGGAUUAAAGUAGGAGAAGAAGCUUUAUGUAAACAAGCAAUAAACAAAAGAAGUCGCAGCAGAAUACGCCAGUUGGAUGCAAAUGUGGACCGCAAACCUCUUAGUGAAAUUCAAAAUAUAUGUGAUAGCCAAAAUACUGCAUCUGCACAAGGUACUUGGCUGUCAACACAGGUAAAUUCAAGUAUGCAGGCACAGAGUGGAACUCAGGGAGGAAUCUCUCAGCGCCGGGAGAGACAUAACCGCAUGGAAAGAGACAGAAGGCGCAGAAUCCGGAUUUGUUGUGAUGAAUUGAAUCUUCUGGUUCCAUUCUGCACUGCUGAUACUGAUAAGGCAACAACAUUACAGUGGACAACAGCAUUUUUGAAAUAUAUUCAGGAAAGGCACGGUGAUUCCCUGAAAAAGGAAUUUGAGACUGUGUUCUGUGGUAAAACAGGCAGGAGACUAAAACUAACAAGAGCUGACUCAUUAGUAACAUGUCCAAUGCAGGAAAACAUACAGAAUACCACAGCAAUGGAGAUCAAGUAG